GCACUCGAUCUUUGACACUCGCCUGCUCGCCUGAACAUGGAACUCAUUCCAGAGCCAAUCUCCAUUUAUAUUUCAAUCGGUUUGGUGUCCUUCUUGGCGUUAAUAUGGUGUAUAUCGAUCUGCUGUUGUAAGGGACCUUGUAGAGAGUUUAAAAUCCCAGUGGCUUCGACGUUUGAAGCGCAUUUGAGCCCGGCAUUAAGGAACUCCUCUUUGAAAUCAAAAUACGACCAAUACUACUAUAGAUUGUUGGGAGGCAAACGAAUUCCAUACACCUCGUCACGUGGUCAAGCAAAAUCAACCAAUGAUGGCUCGCCAUAUCUCGUACCCACUCCUUUCGCUGGCCUCACUUCAGACCAACUACCUUUAAGGAAUCGAAGUGGUUACGAGAACGAAGAACGAAGUUGCUCCAUGGAAAGCGUCUACUCACAGGACUCUGACCCUGUUAACGUUAACCCUGCUAUCAAGAAAUCACCUCAAGAAAGUCGUUCAAUCCCAACGAUUAAGGUGACUUCCGGAACAAGCUCGGAAACCACUCCGAAUGAAACGGACGAAUCACGAAGAUCGAGCGAAGAACAACGAGAAAGAAAACCCACUCAGUUUACUAGGGAGAGCGAGAGUUCAGCUUGAUAUUCAUCAAAGAAACAGUAAAUGACCAUUAAUGUGCCUAGAUGUCCCUGAUGUGCCAGCAUGGGCCUAAAAGUGCCAUUCAUUUUUAGUCUGUAAUUUAUGAGCUGUAAUUGCCCUAUUUCACUAUGA